AUGCUUCUUCUUCCUUACACUGGAUUGCUCCUUUCUGGGUUGGCAUAUGCCAGCUCCAGCAAUGCUCUUGCCUCAUCAACUCUAACUGGAUCUCUCGCCACAUCCUCUGGUACCCUUGAAAUCCCGAAGGGCGCUUCUUGUGCAUGUGCAAAGCUCUCCCAAUCGAUUCCAGGGACUGUGAUUUUGCCCGGAUCUUCAAAUUAUACUACUCAAACCGUCGAUGCAUACUGGGACAUUCGGGCGAACCUCUCGCCAGCAUGCGUGUUCGUGCCUAACUCUGCUCAUGAGGUCUCGCAAGCACUGAAGGUUAUCACAGCCUGUGAUUCGCAAUUUGCUGUUCGCGGUGGAGGUCAUAUGAACUAUCCGGGUUCCAACAAUAUUGAUGCUGGGGUUUUAAUUGCCUUGUCGAAUUUGAACUCCAUUGAUGUCAAGAAAGGCAGCGUAGAGGUCGGUCCUGGACUCAACUGGUACCAAGUGUACUCUGCUCUUGAGCCCUACGGUCGUGUCUGCGUCGGUGGUCGUAUGAAGACAAUCGGUGUUCCCGGUUUGACGUUGAUCGGUGGCUUCCACUACUUCAACAACAAGUACGGAUAUGCCAUGGACAAUGUCAUCAACUAUGAGCUCGUUCUCGGCAAUGGCACACAAAUUUUUGUCAACAAAUCAUCUCACGCCGAUCUCUUCUGGGCAUUGAAGGGUGGUGCUAACAAUUUCGGCAUCGUCACUAAGUUCGAGCUCAAGACUUAUGCUGUGCCCAAAGUCAGCACCACCAUCCAAGUCUUCAAUGAGACUCACAUUCCUCAGUACCUCUCUGCUGUCUGUGAGGCUGCCAAGUUGGACGAUAAAGAUCCUAUUGCCGCCGGGAUGAUCGCAACUGUUACCUACAAUGCCACCACUAAAAUCGCGCAGGGAUCUCUUUUGGGUGUUCAAGAAGGCGUCAGCAAGCCCCCCUCGCAAUUUUCCAAUUUCACGAAAGUCCCUGCCACAAUGAGAAUCAAUAAUGUCACAUCUAUUGCGCAGUGGGCCAAGACACUUGACUCUCCCAAACAGAUGUUCAGAGUUCAAUUCUCGCACCGAACCAUGAAGCCUGAUGCGAAAGUUCUUUACUCCAUCUACAGGGCGUGGAAAGCUGCUGUCGACAAAAUCUCCGAUGUCCAAGGCCUUUAUCCGACCUUUGUCACCAACGUCAUCUCUCCUUCUUCCGUCCGCGUGGCGAAGACUAAUGGCGUCGGCAAUGUCUGGGGUCUCGAGGAGGAGCCUCUUAUCAUCUGGCAAUUUAGCACCGGGUGGGACCUGGCCCAGGAUGAUAUCCGCAUGGAAGCUUGGUCUCGUCAGUUGACCGAGCAUCUGCACGACAUCAACAAAAAGUUGGGCAUUUCGUCCGAGUUUGUUUACAUGGGCGACGCUGGUGAUUGGCAAGAUCCGUACGCGGGCUUCCCUGCCGAAAAUGUAGCGCGAAUGAGGAACAUCAAAACCGCCUAUGACCCAGCGGAGGUGUUUUCCACACUGAGCUGGGGAGGGUUCAAGCUGGGGUUGUAG